AUGAAGAACUGGUCCCGGCGCGGCGUCUGCCGGCCAUCGCCAGCUCGUCGAGUUGUCCGUUGGCGUCGCGGCCGGAAGGUACUGCAGUUGGCUGGUCACGCCUCGGUUGGCGGCCAGCCUCGCGAUGCUCCAUCUGCCCGACGGCUCGGAUGGUCGUCUGGACGAGCUCACCGGCCCGGCAAGACUGGCUUGGCGGGCGUGGCUGCGAGAAGCCGGAUUCUCCUACCGGUUGACGAGACGCGAGUGAGUCCCUCCUCUGGCCGGUGGAGCCGGUUCAUCCGACAAUUGUACCACUUUGCUUCUGCUCAAACUGGCCGACUUCCACGCGACAGUGGGCACAAAACAGUCUCUCAAUAG